AUCAGUUACUACUUACUUUUCUCUCUCUCCCCAUCCAUAUACAUACAUCUCUAUAUAUCUAUCUAUAUCUAUACAUCUGUAUCUAUAUAUCUACAAAUUCUUCAAUCAGAUCACUCUUCAUCGUCUCAAGGCAAAUUGUUGGUGGACUGUUACCGUAAAAGAUGUUGGGAGGAAAUAACACUAAUUCGUUAGCACCCGUCUAUCUUGACGAGAAUCUUUUUCAAUAUCCUUCAAACCAGUUGCAGUUAUUUGGAAAUGUACCAGCCACUGGUAAUGUUGAUCCAGUAAAAUAUUCGGGUAGAGAGCAUAAUAACCCUGCUUUUACUUCUAAUAAACGACAAAGGGAACCCGAGGCUAAUUUAAUGCAGAAGAAGCUUCAAAUGUCCUUUAACCACAGCUUCUAUAAUGAAGAGUCAGAUAGAAGAGCAAGCAUUCCAAACCCACAUCAUGUAUCUACUGGUUUAAGACUGUCAUAUGAUGAUGAGGAACGCAACUCUUCAAUUACCUCAGCAAGUGGAAGCAUGACAGCAACUCCAUCUCUGAUGUCAUCCUUCGGUGAUAGUGUCACAACUGAACUUGACCGUCAGAAUGAGGAACUUGAAAGAUUCAUCAUGCUUCAGGGAGAAAGUAUGUUGAAAGGGGUGAAAGAUAUAAGACAGAGACACAUGACUUCGUUCCUGGCUUCCAUUGGCAAAGGGAUAGACAAGAAGAUACGUGAGAAAGAGCUUGAGAUAGAAACAAUAAACCGGAAAAACACAGAACUCGUGGAGAGAAUAAAACAAGUGGCAAAUGAAGCCCAAAAUUGGCACUACAGAGCAAAAUACAAUGAGUCGGUAGUUAAUAUGUUGAGAACAAAUCUGCAGCAGGCACUGGCACAAGGAAAUGACCAACAACUCAAAGAAGGAUUCGGUGAUACAGAUUUAGAAAAUGAUGCCGUGUCAUCUAUUGACCCUAACAAGUACCUUGGAAUAGCAAAUACGACCAGAAAGGGUCAUAAUGAUGGUAUGAUAUGCCGAGCAUGCCAUGCAAAGGAGGUAUCGAUUCUGGUGAUGCCGUGUAGACACUUGAGUCUGUGUAAAGAUUGCGAGAGGGUCGCAAGUGUCUGUCCGGUAUGCCAAGUUGUGAAAACCAUUGGUGUUGAAGUGUAUAUGUCGUAAAUUAUCAACAUCAAUGGUUAUGAUGUCUCUGAAAGUUUAACUUGUGAAAGGAAGUAAUCAUUGUAUACAUUUUGCUUGCUCAUAUAUACCAUAAUCAUCCAAGCUGAUUAUAAAACCAUA